AUGACGGGCAAGUCGGAGUACCUGAAGAAGUAUCUAAAGAGCAAGGGCCCCCAACGUUCGCGGAAUCCUCCUAGUUCUGGGAGCCUGAAGCUAGGUAGUGAUGACGAGGAUUUACGCACGGAAGGUCAGCAGGGGACCUUCCAAAAAAGUAGGUCCCGCAAGAAAGCCCUGUUUCAGGUGCUUAGGCGGGCGCCAGAUGGCCACAAGUUUUUGUUCAAGGACUCUGAAGCAGAGGAACUGCCCGAUUCUGACGAAGAGGAAGUAAAGGUUGUUGGUGAGGAUGGGCAGACGCUGGCUCUCAGUGAGGCAGAUAAGAAGAAAGUUGCCGAGCUUAUUGCCAAGGAAGAGGGGAAGGAGUUACCUUCCUAUGCAUGGAAAGCCGGAGGCUUCACGCGGUCCCCUGGGGACGCCGAGAGGGCGGUACGGCAUCUCAGACAGUCACCUGGGCGAGAUUCAGAAGAGCCUAAACAGAAUGAGAGAUGGAAGGAGGCCUUUGCAGUCACAGGUCCUCUGCUGGAGACAGCAAGACCGCCAUCGACCCCAAGUCUUCACGGGGAUAGAAGAGACGAAUCAGAGGAAAAUACUGCUGUGUCUCAUCCGAGACGUACGCAUCAGGAUUUGUCUCUACAAUCAAUGGGAAGUAAGAAGUGCACGCCGUCACUCAGGAAAAGGGCGCAAGAUACAGAUUCCUCACCUGCAAGGGGGGAACAAAAUGCGGACCUCUCACCCCCACGGCGAGGACCAAGGGACACAGGCUUGUCUCUUCUGAAAAAGGCGAGAAGCACGGACCCGUCCCUUUCGUGUAACCGACGCGAAGAAGACCUCUCCCCUCCGAGGAAGGGAAGAAACGAGGAUCUGUCUCCCCCACGGCGACCAAGGGACAAAGACUUAUCUCCCCCCAAAACGAGAGGAAGUGUGGACCUGUCUCCUCCUCGUAACCGACACGAAGAAGACCUCUCCCCUCCGAGGAAGGGAAGAAACGAGGAUCUGUCUCCCCCACGGCGACCACGGGAAAGAGAUUUGUCUCCUCCUAGGAGGCCCACUCUCGCCUCUCGUAGUCCUUUGCCUGCGGAGAGCUCCUCUGAGCGGUAUCCAGGGGCUUUAGACACAUCAACUAGAGAUAACUUUGCAACGGGUGGAGGAGAAGUGGCAUCACAGUCGAGUCAAGUUGUGUUUAGGGACGCAGAGGGCCGCAUCAUCUCGGAAGAGGAAUGGCUUACUCUCGAGGGAGCAAAGGGGAGGAAGAGACGCAAGGAGAGGGGCCCUGCACCGGUAUUAGAGUGGGGCUCCGGUCUGAAACAGAAGGAAGACAGCAAAUUGAAAAAAAGAGAAGAGGAAAAGCUUGCCAAGCAACCGUUUGCACGGUAUGAAAUCGAUCAAGAAUACGACGCGGAUCUUAGAUCCCGCGAUAGAUGGGCAGACCCCUUGGGAGGGACCUCUUCGAGCAAGCAGCCCAAUCGAGGAGCAAAGACGCAACAGGAAGAAGAGACACAAGAUGCGGGAAACUCAAAGAAGCCAACUUGUCCUCAUGACGCUCCCCUAAAUAGGUUCAACAUCAAACCGGGUUAUAGGUGGGAUGGUGUGGUUCGCGGGAACGGCUACGAAGAGGAAUAUAUUAAGGCCAUUAAUAGGCGUAAAUGGGAAGCGGAGAUGGCGCAUAUGAACAACACUGCAGACAUGUAG